CGGGCCUAUCUUCUUAUUACUCCACCUGUCCCGCCGUCCGAGCCUGCCAUUUCUUCGCUGCCCAUCGCUGCGCUGCGCUGCUCUGCACUGCACGUCACUGCUGCGAACCCCCCGCCGUCCCGCUCGCCGUUGACUUGCAGCCGUGCAGACCCGUGACAGACGCUGCACCACGACGUCACCGCCGUCGCUCCGCCAGCCCUAGACCCCUCGAGUGACAUCCUCCACCACCACCGACACACACACACGCACACACGCACGCCGCCUGCCCCGCGCCGCCGCCCACCAUGUCGGUCAUCUACGCCGAGCGAGAGCGCGAGCGCGAGCGCGACUGGGAGAGUGGCUCAACCCGCGGCUACACGACGGUGCGGCGCUACAAGAUGCCCGAGCAUAGCCUGGAAGAAGACACGUACGAGUCGCAGAUGCGCAUGGUCCACCGCGGGCGCAACGACUACGACGACCGCCGCUCUGCCGUCAACGUCAACGUCAACGACUACACCAUCGAACGCAGCGAGGCCCAGGCCCCCGUCCGCCAGGUCCGCGAGUACCGCUACGCCGACCGCUCGCCGUCGCCGCGCGCCCGCGAAGUGCGCGAGUACCGCAUCGAGCGCGAGUUCGAGCGUUCGCCGUCGCCGGCCCCCACGGUCCGCGAGGUGCGCAUCACGCGCGAGAGAGAGCUCGACUAUGAGCGUGACUACGAGCGCGAGUACGAGCGCGAGGCGCCCCGCGAGCACCCGUACGAGCUGGAGAAGUACUCGCGGUCGACCGAGUACUACCGCGAGCCGCAGCAGGUCCAGCAGCCCCCGCCGCCCCAGCAGAUCCAGAUCCAGCAGCUGCCGCCCCCGCCACAGCCGCAGCCGCAGUACCAGCCGCAGCCCCAGGCCCAGUCCAUCGUCAUCCACAACGAGGCCCCGCAGCCCAUGCAGAUGCCCAUGCAGAUGCCCAUGCCCAUGCCCAUCAUCUUCCGCGACGAGGCGCCCCAGCAGAUCAUCAUCCGCGAGCGCGAGCCGGCCUACGACUUCAUGGAGCGCCAGGAGGUGACCAACGACAGACAGGUCGCCCGCCCCCACCCGGAAGACGACUACUACUACGAGCGCCGCGUCAAGCAGGUCGAGCGCCCACGCCGGGACGAGAGGCAGGACUACGGCCGCGAGCGCUACGACGAUAGGAACUACCACAGCGACGACGACCGCUACUACUACAAGGAAAAGGACACGUGGGAGGAGGGGAGCGACACCAAGACCAAGCGCAACCUCGCGGCAGGGGCCCUCACCGGCGUGGCUGCGGGUCAGAUCAUGCGCCACCACCGCAAGAGGAAGGGCGAAGAGGCCGGCGGCAGCAUCGGCAACGCACUCGGCUACGGGACGCUGGGCGCCGUCAGCGCCGUCGCCCUCGACAAGUUCAGCAACCGCGAGCGCUCCAGGUCGCGUUCUUGGGAGAGGGGCCGCCGCCACGACGACCGCUCGAGCAACCGCGAGCGCAGCAAGUCGAGGGUCAAGCAGGUCGGCACGCUCGCGGCCAUUGCGAGCAUCGGCGCCAUUGCCUAUGCCGCCGGCCGCAAGAAGAAGGAGCCCGCCGUCACCACCACGGUCAUAGAAGAGCACCGCCACAGGUCGCGCUCGAGGAGGGGGCGGUCCAAGUCGGUCGUGAGCAGGCGCUCUUCCAGGGGUACGUCGCGCAGCAAGAGCAAGCACGGCAAGCACAAGCGCCGCCACAGUAGAGCUGCCGAAGCCGGUCUUGCCAGUGCCGCCGUGGCUGGCCUCUCCCAGCGCAAGAGGAGCAAGUCUCGACACCGCGAAGGGAAGCGCGAGAAGAGCAGAGUCAGACAGGGUGUGCCCAUCGCUGCUGCCACUGUCGCUGGCGCAGCCGCCACUGGACUGUACGAGAAGCACAGGGCUAAGAAGGAUAACAGGUCGAGGUCGCGCUCACAGUCGAGAUCGCGCUCGCGGUCGAGAUCAAGGUCGGUGCUCUCCCGCCUAACUGGGCAUGGCCGUGGUAGGCGUGGAAGCACAUCAGGUGACCCCAAUCUAGUAGAGUACGGCGUUGAUCCCAUCUAUACCGAUUCCGCGCGCUCACGAAGCCGGGAGCGCGGCCGGCGGCGACGGUCCUCCUCUUCGUCCUCACGCGGUCGACACGGCAGCCGAAGCCGAAGCCGAAGCAAGAGUCGAAGCCGGAGUCGUGCACGAUCGGUAGCGGAGACGGCCGCCGUCGCUGGUGUUGCUGGUCUGGCUGCCCACGAAGCAGCAAAGCGACGAGACCAGAAGAAGGCCGAGAAGGAGCGAGACCGCCGUCGCGAAGACGACUCGGCCUACUCGACUGCUAGCUACAGUCCCUACGGCAGUCCCAGUCGCUCAACCAACCUAGGCACCGACUCCCGCUACUUCCCCGAAACAAACUACUUCCCUCCCCCUCCCGCGCCCUCGGCUCCUCCAGCCCACGACCCCCUAUCCCCAUACCCCCCUUACAACCCCGCCGACUACCCCCCACCGCCAAGCACCGCCUACGACUCCCGCGACGACCUCAACCACGGCAACCCCUACGCACCCCACCCACACAACGAGCCCCCCUACGGCCAGCCCCGCCGUCCCAAAGACAAUGUGAGUGCUCCGGCCCUUGAAUACGAGCACUUCCCCUUCGCACCCGACGCACCCGCCCCGGUGCCUGUGCCGCCGUCUGCCUUUGCGCCUGCACGUGAAUUCUUGAGCGACCGCGACCGUGAUCGAGACUCCCCGAGUUCGAUGCUGGACUCGACUCGUGGCGAGAAGAGCGUCCAGUUCGAUUUGAAUACGCAGGAGCAGGAGGCGCCUGUGAUGGCCUCGCCUGAUGAUGAUGAGAGGGAGGAUGAAAGGGAGCGUGAGCGUGAUGAGCUUCAUGACCGUGAGAGGGAGCGUGAUCGUGAUCGUGACCGUGAUUCACGACACCGCGAUAGACGAGCACACGAUGAUGACCGAGACCACGACCGAAACUACGACGACCACGAUACACAUGACCGAGAAAACAGACGACAACACCGCCACCAAGAUGAUGACCAUCACGGCGAUUCCUCCCGCAAACGCCGCCGUCGCCGUAACAGCGAUUCCGACGCGUCGGAGGCUACCAUCGACGUCCCACGCAAGAGCGACGAGGAGGUCUUGGCCGAGCAGUUGAAGAGCGUUUUGGCGGGCUUGUUUCGAUAG